UGUACUUUAUAAUAGUGACACCGCACCAUAGUGAGGGUCGUGUGAACUUUGUAUUAGUUUUAUUUUAUAAUAAAAUGUCUGGUUUGGAGAAUUUAAGUGAACGGGAUCGAGCAGUUUUAAGGAGUAUAUUUGAUCCAACGGCGACUAUUGGUGAUGUUGCUGACGAUGGAGAUAGUUUUGAGGAAGAUCAAGAUACUACAGACACCGACAAAAAGUCUAAAGAGUUAUGUCUACAAGGGGUACAGUUAGCGGAAGCGAACCAGUUAGAUGAGGCGUUGGAAUACCUCAAUAGAGCCAUUGAGGUAGCACCCGAGCGUGCUCCGGGGUACAAUGAUAGAGCUCAGCUCUUCAGGCUUAUGAAGAGAGACGAUGACGCAAUGAAAGAUUUGGACUACGUGUUAAAAUUGACUGAUGGUAAGAAGACUCGCGCGCGUGCUCUAGCGCUGUGUCAACGAGGAGUACUUCUGCGCAAGCGCGGUGACGACGACAACGCUCGCGCUGCUUUUGCUGAAGCUGCUAAACUUGGUAGUGGAUUUGCUAAGAAGCAGGUUGUAGAGUUAAACCCGUACGCAGCUCUCUGCAAUCAAAUGUUGAGUCAAGUGAUGAGAGGAGACAAAGAGAUUAGAUUAUAAGUUUUUUUUAAUACUUUUAAAACCUUUGUCUAUUAAAUAGUUAAUAUAGUUUUAUAAUAUUAAAUAUUAAAAAUUAGUGACUGCAAUUAAGAGGAGUGAAAAUAUUUUUUGUUUAUUACCAGCCUAUUAAAUCCCGUAUGGAUUUAAAAAACAAAAUGUGUGUUUCAGCUCCGGCGCAUGACUGGAGUUUACUCCUUCGGAUCAACUGUCCAAAUAGGCACAAAAAAGCCUUACUAGUCUUAGAAAAAGAUUAAUACCAUAUCAAAUGAUAAAUAAACGAAUCAAAUAUCGCCAUCUAUUGGCGUUAUUAGAAAACUUCGUAAUGUCAUUUUUAGGAAUCCUUUUGGAUUCCGAUAGAUGGCAUUACAAAAAAACGUAAUGAGGAAAUUCGUUAUAUGAAAAUAGAUUAUUAAGAAGUAAACUCCAAAAAUUACAAAAAUAAUUUGUAUUCUGUUUUAAGUUAGGGUUUUAAAAGAAAGAAAUUAAACACUGGAAUCUAAUGGAUUAGAAAUUUAUAUUAUUGAGUACAAUCCACGAUCACAUUUGAGAAAACCACACAUUCCAAGAUCCAAAGGAUCAGAGUUGGACAACUCCAUACAUAGUACGACACCACGAAUUCAUCGAAAAUGACAAUUUUACAUUCGAAAAUGGCAAAUGUAACUACGAAUCGAAGUUCUGUAACUACACUAUUAAUAUUAAUAAUAGUAGGUAUAUGCAAUAAAAUCUCGAAAGAUUUUGUGCGGAAAAAUUUAUUGCUUUCGAAUUAUUUAGAAAUUUCCGCACAUAAUCCCUUACAAAUUAGUUAAAAUUCAAAACUUGAUAAUAUUUAUAGUAAAAACUAGUGAGAGGCGACAACGGUACACUAUAACGCAAAUAGAAAAGUGCACUUUUAAAAUUUAAACUUUUAUAUUAUAUAGUAAAAAAGUUUCGCGAGCGAUAAUUAGCUCAAUAUUAGAACUUUACUGUUACAUAUGUAUUGUCAUGAAAUAUAUAAAACCUCUUUGGCACAUGUUGCGAACAACUAGCUACGAUCUGUUUAUUAAUAUCUUAUCUGUUUCAAUAAUGACAGUGACGUUGAAAUUGGCGCGAAACUCUUUUACUCGGAAAGUGAAGGAUGAUCAUAUCACAGAGAUAGUUAUAAUAUUGUGAGUAGGUACAUUCAGUUCAACAAGCUUUAUUGAUAAAUAUAUCAAAACAAGAAUAUA